ACACAGCAGCGGUGUGACGAGCUGAGGGGCUGCACUGAGUCGAGGGUGUCUGCAGACCCACAGGAGUGCUUUGCUCAGAGCAGCCAGGCCUGCAGUUGCAAAUGCUUUUGAGGCUGGAUGCUUACUCUUAGAUGAGAUAUCAAGGCAGUAUGAGAACUUUCUAGCAGGCUAAAAGUAGCGUUCUUUCACUCAUGCCACAAAAGGAACAAAGCACGGAUAUGUAACUGCGGUGAAAGCCCGUUUUAAUAGAAGGAAGCGAGCGGCUGGAGGUGGAAAUGAAGUUCGGAGAGGGCCGGCCACCUGCCCUGCGUGCGCGGCGAGCUGCGUGCCGCCGAGCAGCGCCGGGAUUCGAACCCGGGUACUUCGGCCCUCCACCGCCGCCCCACGCGGGGGCGCCCUCCCCGCCGCGCCGUGGGGGGGGCCCCAGGCCGCGCCCCCAGACCAAUCCCGCGCCUCGGCGGACGGUGACGUAUGGGGGCGUCACUGCCUCGCUGACGUCACUCGGCCCGCCCCGCGGGGUUGCCAUGGCAGCCGCCCGCCCCCUGCCCCCCCCCGCGGAUGAGCUCACGCGGUGCCGCAGCCCCGAGGGGGGGGGUUUGGUCCUCGCUACAAGAUGGCGGCGGCGGCUGCAGCGGCGGCGGCGAGCGGCGCGGGGGGGCCCCCUCCGGCCCCGCGGCUGCCCCCGGCCCCGCCGCCCCCCAGGCCCCCGGGGCCCGCUCGCAUCGGCUACUACGAGAUCGAGCGCACCAUCGGCAAGGGCAACUUCGCCGUCGUGAAGCUGGCCACGCACCUGGUGACCCGGGCCAAGGUUGCUAUAAAGAUAAUUGAUAAGACACAGCUGGAUGACGAGAAUCUGAAGAAGAUAUUUAGAGAAGUUCAGAUUAUGAAGAUGCUCUGCCAUCCACAUAUCAUCAGGUUAUAUCAGGUUAUGGAGACAGAGAGGAUGAUUUAUCUAGUGACAGAGUAUGCUAGCGGAGGGGAAAUAUUUGAUCACUUGGUGGCCCACGGGCGCAUGGCGGAGAAGGAAGCUCGGAGAAAGUUCAAGCAAAUCGUGGCUGCUGUCAACUUCUGUCACUGCCGUAACAUAGUUCACAGAGAUCUCAAAGCAGAAAAUCUUCUUCUGGAUGCUAACCUUAACAUCAAAAUAGCAGACUUUGGGUUCAGUAACAUCUUCACACCUGGCCAGCUGCUAAAAACGUGGUGUGGGAGUCCUCCCUACGCUGCCCCGGAGCUCUUUGAGGGGAAGGAAUACGAUGGGCCCAAGGUUGACAUUUGGAGUCUUGGCGUGGUGCUGUAUGUGCUGGUCUGUGGUGCUCUGCCCUUCGAUGGGAGCACACUGCAGAAUCUGCGUGCCAGGGUGCUCAGCGGGAAGUUUCGCAUUCCAUUCUUCAUGUCCACAGAAUGUGAACAUCUGAUCCGCCACAUGCUGGUCUUGGACCCAAGUAAGCGGCUCUCUAUGGACCAGAUCUGCAAACACAAGUGGAUGAAGCUUGGGGAAGCUGAUGCAGAGUUUGAUAGGCUGAUAGCAGAGUGUCAGCACCUGAAGACAGAGAGGCAGAUGGAGCCAUUGAACGAGGAUGUGUUGUUAGCUAUGGCAGAAAUGGGGCUGGACAAGGAACGCACAAUUCAGUCAUUAAGAGCUGAUGCUUAUGAUCACUACAGUGCAAUCUACAGCUUGCUCUGUGACCGUCUGAAGCGACACAAGAAUCUGCGCAUUGCCCCAUCUCCAAGUAUACCACGGACAGUGACCUUCCCCACCUCUGCUAACAUCCAGCAGACAGAACAGGCAGGCAAUACCAUGAACAUCAAUGUGCCACAAGUCCAGCUCAUCAACCCUGAAAACCAAAUUGUGGAGACUGAUGGAACAAUGAACCUGGACAGCGAUGAAGGGGAAGAACCAUCACCUGAAGCUCUGGUCCGUUACCUCUCUAUGAGAAGGCACACGGUUGGAGUAGCUGACCCACGGACGGAGGUCAUGGAAGAUCUGCAGAAGCUCCUGCCUGGCUUCCCUCGUGUCACUCCUCAGGCUCCAUUCCUGCAGGUGACCCCAAAUGUGAACUUCAUGCACAAUGUGCUGCCUAGGCAGAACCUGCAGCCCACGGGUCAGCUGGAAUACAAGGAGCAGUCCCUGCUGCAGCCCCCCACUCUGCAGCUGUUGAAUGGCAUGGGCCCUCUGGGGCGGAGAGCAUCCGACGGUGGAGCUAACAUCCAGUUACAUGCACAGCAACUGCUGAAACGUCCUCGAGGUCCAUCUCCACUCGUCACUAUGACUCCAGCCGUCCCAGCUGUCACUCCCGUGGACGAGGAGAGCUCUGAUGGGGAGCCAGAUCAGGAAGCUGUGCAGAGAUACUUGGCAAAUAGGUCAAAAAGGCACACUCUGGCAAUGACCAACCCUACAGCUGAAAUCCCUCCAGACUUGCAGAGGCAGCUAGGACAGCAGUCCUUCCGACCCCGGGCUUGGGCUCCACACCUGGUACCCGAUCAGCACCGUUCUAUUUACAAGGACUCCAAUACUCUGCACCUCCCCACCGAACGCUUCUCCCCGGUUCGGCGUUUCUCUGAUGGUGCUGCCAGCAUCCAGGCUUUCAAAGCCCACCUGGAGAAGAUGGGCAAUAACAGUAGCAUCAAACAGCUUCAGCAGGAAUGUGAACAGCUUCAGAAGAUGUAUGGUGGGCACAUGGAUGAGAGGACACUGGAGAAGACACAGCAGCAGCACAUGCUGUACCAGCAAGAGCAGCACCAUCAGAUUCUUCAUCAGCAGAUCCAGGACUGUAUCCGGCCACCUCAGCCAUCUCCACCCUUGCAAGCUCAAUGUGAAAACCAACCAGCUCUGCUCACUCACCAGCUUCAGAGGUUACGGAUUCAGCCAUCCAGCCCACCCCCAAACCACCCUAAUAACCACCUCUUCAGGCAACCAAACAGCAGCCCACCUCCUGUGAGCAGCAGCGUGCUGCAGCCCCACGGUGCAGCCUCCCAGUCCCAGUUCCAAGGGAUGCCAUCCCACAACACAAUCUUCCCGCAGUCUGGUAACUGUUCCCCUCCCCCAACCAUGGGGCUGACGUGCCUGGCCCUGCAGCAGCAGUCCCAGGCCCAGCAGGUCACCAUCCAAGUGCAGGAACCCGGCGACAUGGUCAGCAACAACCUCCUGCAAGGGGCCUCGGUGGCCGGGCAGGGCAUGUCCUCCCACACGCGGGGUAUGUCCAUCAGCCCCAGUGCCAACCAGAUCCAGAUGCAGCACCGCGCCAACCUGAUGGCCUCCCUCACCUAUGGCCACAGGCAGCUGUCCAAGCAGCUCAGCGCCGACAGCGCCGAGUCGCACAGUCUGAACGUGUACAGGAAUCCCCCCGCCAACUACGACCAGGUGCACUUACACCCCCACCUGUUCCCAGAGCAGCCUCGUGUUUCCCCCAGUAACUACAGCCCAUCAGGAGGAGUUGGAUUUCCUCCAGCUCAGCAAGCUCUCAAAGUCCCACAGCUUGACCAGUAUCCCAAUUUCCCUCAAAAUGCACAUCAGCAACAACAGCACUACACUGCAUCGGCACUACAGCAAGCACUGUUGUCCCCAACACCUCCUGACUACAGCCGACACCAGCAGGUACCGCACAUCCUCCAGGGACUUCUUUCUCCCCGUCACUCUCUCACGGGGCACACGGACAUGCGGCUGCCCCAGGCAGAAUUUGCACAGCUCAUCAAACGACGGCAGCAGCAGCAACAGCAGCAGCAGCAGCAGCAAGAGUUUCAAGAAUUGUUCAGGCACAUGAGUCAAGGGGAUGCUGGGAACAUGGGCACCAGCAUGGGACAGAGCCUGUCGGAGCGUCAGUCGUUGUCUUUGCCUUAUCAGAGUGCUGACACCUAUCAUCCACAGAACAGCCCCCAGCAUCUCUUAAAAAUCAGGGCUCAAGAAUGUAUCCAGCAGGUACCUGCAUCAGUGCCACCACACGGAUACGUACACCAGCCAGCUCUGUUCCACUCGGAGAGCAUGGAGGAGGACUGUGCGUGCGAGGGCGCCAGGGACAGCUUUCCAGACAGUAAGAAUUCAAAUACAUUGACCAAAGGUUGCCACGAGACCCCUCUGCUUGUAAAUGCAGGAGGGCAUGGGGACCCAGAAUCUUUGCUAGGAACUGCUAAUCACGUUCAGGAGCUGGGGACGCAUCAAUACAGACAUCAGCCCGCUGCUGGAUUCAGUAGGAAUAAGGUGCCCAGCAGAGAGUCCGUCGUAGGGAACUGUAUGGACAGGAGCUCCCCCGGCCAAGCGAUGCAGGUGCCUGACCACAACGGGCUGGGCUACCCAGCACGGCCGGCGUCCAGCGAGCACCCGCGGCCCCGCACCCUGCAGAGACAUCACACCAUCCAGAACAGUGAUGAUGCCUACGUGCAGUUAGAUAACCUGCCUGGGAUGAGUUUAAUGGCAGGCAAAGCACUCAGCUCUGCUCGGAUGUCUGAUGCCGUCCUCAGCCAGUCGUCGCUCAUGGCCAGCCAGCAGCUGCGUGACAGGGAGAGCGACGAAUGCGGGGAAAGUUUGGAAGGUCAAGAGCAUCCCAACCUAGGUGAUGGCAACCAGCAUCUAAACACCUCUUGUUACCCAUCGACAUGUAUCACAGAUGUCCUACUGAGCUACAAGCACCCAGAGGUGCCCUUUGGGAUGGAGCAGGCAGGGGUGUAACCAGGAGGGAGUUUUAUGUACAGCUUUGAAACGAAAAGGUCCAUUUUAAACCAACAGUAUCUAGCAGCAUUGCGCCAAAUUGCCGUAGUAUUUCUGACUAACUGGAAUACCAUGGCCCCUUUCCUCGUAAUCAGUUCAUCCAGUGUGUUGUUCCUUUGGUUCCUUUAAGGUUUUUUUUUUUUUUUUUUUUUGCCGUAUUUGCCUCCAGCUAUCACCGAAAUAACCGGAGAACCCCAAUCCUACACGUCAGCGGAGCCCGAGCACUGAGUCUGGUUUGGAGGGCUGUGAGCAUCCAGGGCGGGGGCCGGCAGUCAGCACGGCGCGGGAGCAGAGCCCGUGGAGCCUGCAGGGCAGGCAGGAGCCCGCAGCGCAUCCCUGCCCUCCUGUGCUGCCUCCUCAGCCCUGAGCAGGGCAGCAGGACGCAGUGCCGCCUGCAGCGCUCACCUCCCACCCGCGGAGCGCCCUCCCUGGUGCAAUACGCUGUCUCAUCUCUGUCUGCUUUUGUUCCUUACUUUGUCACUGUGCUAAAAGGAUCACUUCUUCCCCCGCCCUCCCCCAACCCCUUUGUAAUUUUUUCUAAUCCCCAUGCCGUUUUUUUUUUUCUUUCUUUUAAUUUUUCCUCCUGGCUUAAUGUAGGGAAGACAGAUUUUUUUCCUUUGUUUUCUGAGCUUUUCCUCCUGAUCCCCUGGGAAGCUUUUUUUUGUUCUUUUUUUUUUUGGUAAAUGUUGUUUUAUUAUUAUUGUUAUUAAUAAAAGGCAAAAGGAAUUUCUGUUGGAGAGAAAUUUUUAACUAGAUUCUGUUCUAUAUGAAUUGUGACUUGCACCUUCUGUUCAAAGUAUUUUAUUUCUUUUAAUGACAUUGUAAUUGUGACUGGUUUUCUCUCUCGUGCCCGUGGCAGAAGUGGUUUUCUCCUUUAUACAGUUCAAACGUGCAUAGAUCUCUUCUUUGUUCUUCUUUUUGUUCUUUCCUUGGCUGAGAGAAAGCAAAGCCCCCCAGCAUCCAGGGCAUGGGGAGCUCACGGUGUCAUCAUUGCCUUUGGGACUUUGAAGCUACACCUGAAAUUCUUCUUAAUGACACUUUUGGAAUAUUUAAAAAAAUAUAUAUAUAAUAAUAAUGAUAAUAAUAAUAAAAGAAUCGACCCGGCCCUCCUGAAUUUGCACAGAAGGAAGUGUGAAACCAGCAUGGCAGAGGUUAAUUCGCUGUCGCUACCAAUGCCUCUCCCUCCCCCCCCCCCCCCCCCCCACCCCUCCAUCCCCAGGAAAGUGAUGCUCAGUGGAUUUGCAGGCUGGAGAGCUGGAGAGGAGGAAAAGCCCACAGCUGGCAAGCAGAGCUCCUGGGCAAACAGCACCAUGCAGGAGCUGGGAGGGGGGGAGGGGGGGGCAGGAGACCCUGAAAGCCUUUUGCUCUGUCCCUUUGGUUUGUUUUCCUUUCGUUUACACGACACUGUACUCCUGGGAGAGUUGGCCACCCUACAGUGAGCACCCCCCGCAGCAGGGCCUCGCUUCUAACCGUGCCAUUUCGCAGUAUCACACUUGGAUUUUUUUGUUUGGGUUUGUUUUGUUUUGUUUUGUUUUGUUUUAUCAUUGCUUUGUAUUGUAGUAAUCAAUACGCGCAGUAUAUGUUGAAUGUAUAUUAAUAUACUUUGCUAUUAUUUCUGUUUUUUGGAAAUGUCAGAAGUAUUUUUUUUUUUCUUCCUCAUUUAUGUUGGACUAAAAAAGAAAAAAAAAAAGGAAAAAAAAAACAAAAUUUCGGUAAAUUUUCAGUCCAUUUUUUGGGUUUUUUUUUUUUUUUUUUUUUUUUUUUGUGGGUCACUUGCAACUGGUCAAUUAGUCGGACAGUGGGAUCAUGACAAAUAAAACCAUGAUGAUGAUCUUC